AUGUAUUUGGGUAGCUAUAAUUGCAAAGGUAGUAUGUACAAAACUAUGGGAAACUAUAAUUUUUACAGAACUGUUGGAGCCGCUUCCAGAUUUGAGCACCAUCAUGAAUGAUAACAAAAUGCCAACGGCUACAAAUUGGCCAAACUUGCCACCGUUUCUUUCUUAUGAAGAACAACAACGUCAGCAAGCAGAACAACAGAUUCAACAAGUUCAACAAAUUCAGCAAAUUCAGCAACAAAAUCCAUUUGAUGUUGAUAUGAACACAAUUCGGACCAAUGCACCACAAAUGAUGCCAAAUUUUUUGCCACGAUUUGGUAAGAACAUACAUCAAAUCAAAUCAGAAUUAAGGGUUUUUACGUUUCACGAAUAACUUCAAGGAAAUUUAACGGAUUUCUAUGGUUUUUUCGUUCUAGACUUUUAUUUUCAGGAUUUCAACUCCCAGAGUUUGAUUAUCGUAUGAAUGAAUUCUCUCGAGCUGGAUUAUUCGGAGCAUGUUCUCUUAGCGGUCAAUUUCCUACUCAUCAACUCGCCCAAACUUUCAAUCUUGGAACAAACAACACAAUCGCUGAAAAUCUUCAAAUUCCUCCACCGCCUCUUCUUGCAAAUCAAUCCACAGUUAUUCAACGUGUUCCCGUUGCAACUCCUCCAAAUGUUGAAAAACCUCCAAUUUUAUCAGCAGAAUAUCAACCAGAAAAGGUUGAUGAGGAGAUGAAUGGUUUUGAUAUGACAAAACAUUCACAACAAUUUCCAAGUGAGGUUGAUAAGAUGGCACAAAAACUGCAUAUUGAGAAAAUGGACGCGAGAAUGCGGGAAGAUCUUUUGUUCAAUACACAAUUUUAUCCCACAGCAAUGCCACUUGAUAUGACUUCUACUGGAUUUCUCAAACAAGAAAUCAAUAUACCAUUGAUGGAUCCAUCUCUUGAUUAUGCACAUAUUCAUCCACUAAUGAUCAAAAAAGAUCUCAGCCCGCUUCAAGAUUGUAUGGUAUGUUUUUAAUUGUUGAUAACUCGAAAUAUGAAAUUCACUCAUUGAGUUUAAAUACCUCAAACUCUAAACUCUGUCGGAAGCAAUAGUGAGUUCAUUAUUGUUUUAAGAAAGUUUGUACUUUGAUAAGCUAAUUUUUUAUUCUAGAUGUGAAUAAUAUAUUAAUUUGUUUUUUUUUGUAUCCGUAAAAGUCACGAGUUUUUCUAAUUUACUAUUAGUUUUAAGCGGAUUAUUUUUUGAUUUUUUAAAACAAAAAAAAAUCAAAUUUAGCAUUACAAAAAAUGGGAGGGGCACCUACAUAUCAUUGGUUCAAUAUUUGUAAAGUUCAAAAUACAACGAAAUGUAUUUAUGCAAAAACAGAAAAACAACAGGAAACAUCUAAAUAAAUCAAACUGAUAAACCUUUUUAAAAUCAGAUAAACAAAAAAUUAUGUAUGUAACUGUUUGGAAGUUUUGAAAGUGCACUUAAAUAAUGUUUUCACCGAAACGUUAAUGUUAGAAAGAGACCAACAAUGUUGAAACCUUACUAUGAACACUAUUUUUUCAGGUUUGCCAAUCAACACAUGCAAACGGUCUUCAUUUUGGAGCGCGAACUUGUGCUGCAUGUGCAGCAUUUUUCCGACGAACAAUCAGCGAUGAGAAACGCUAUGUUUGCAAACGCAAUCAACGAUGUCACAAUGCAAGUCGAGAUGGAACUGGCUAUCGGAAAAUAUGUCGAAGUUGUCGAAUGAAACGAUGUCUUGAAGUUGGUAUGCUUUCAGAAAGUAAGUUUGGCAAUAUCGAUUCAAAACAUUAUGGAAAAAAAUAAAAAUGAAUACUUUAGAUGUUCAACAUAAGAGAACUCGACGUGAACCAACACCACAGCGAAAAAUGCAUUUCGACAAUAUUUUUCAUCCUGGUUUCUAUCAACAUAUUCAACCGAGACAAUGA